AUGGGCAGUAUAUCCGAACCGCAGAGGGCGUGGUGGAAAGAGGGCUCCGUAUACCAAGUGUACCCAGCGUCGUUCCAAGAUUCUACCGGCUCGGGAGUCGGUGACCUGAAGGGCAUCAUAUCACGGGUUGAUUAUUUGAAGGAACUGGGAGUGGACAUUGUCUGGCUGUCGCCGAUUUUCAAGAGUCCCCAGCAUGACAUGGGCUAUGAUAUCAGCGACUAUAGAGUAAUCGACCCUCCCUACGGCGACAUCACCGACGUAGAUGUCCUCCGCGACGCCCUCCACGAGCGAGGCAUGAAACUCGUCCUCGACCUCGUCAUGAACCACACCAGCGACGAACACGAGUGGUUCAAGGAGUCGAGAAAGUCCAAGGAUAACCCGUACAGAAACUGGUACAUCUGGAAGCCACCCAGCGCCUGGGAAUACGACGAAACAACAGAUGAAUACUACCUCCGACUCUUCUGCAAACAACAGCCAGAUCUUAACUGGGAAAACCCAGCUGUCCGCCGAGCCGCCCACGACGUGAUGCGCUUCUGGCUCGAUCGCGGCGCAGACGGCUUCCGCAUCGACGUCAUCAACUUCAUCAGCAAAGACCAGUCGUUCCCUGAUUCGAAUAAAACGGUCCUCGGCGGGACGGAGCACUACGCCUGCGGGCCACGGCUCCACGAGUACCUAAAGGAACUGGGUGCCAUUCUCAAAGAAUACGACGCCUUCAGUGUCGGUGAAAUGCCAUGUGUGCACGACGAGAAGGAGCUGGUUAGAGCCGUGGCUGCUGAUCGAGGGGAACUGAGCAUGAUUUUCCACUUUGAACUAAUGGACAUCGACCACGGUGUAAACGGCAAGUUCUCUCCGGCAACAUGGACCCUCUCAACACUCAAAUCCAAGGUCAACAAAUGGCAGCGCUUCAUGUACGACAACAAUGGUUGGAACGCCCUCUACCUGGAGAACCACGACCAACCCCGCGCCGUGAGCCGCUUCGUCCACGACGCGCCAGAACAUAGAGUAGCCAGCGCCAAGCUGAUUGCUAUAUUCCUAGCGUUUCAGGCUGGCACGCCGUUCAUCUAUCAGGGGCAGGAAAUUGGCAUGACGAAUGUCCCCAAGGAGUGGGGGAUGGAUGAGUACAAGGAUAUAGAUUGCUUGAAUCACUGGAAGUUAUUCAAAGACACGGUGGACGACAGCACCAAGACACUGCUCAGGGAGGAGUAUCAAAAGAAGUCGAGGGACAAUGCCCGCACGCCAAUGCAGUGGGAUGACUCUGCGCAGGCCGGUUUUACGACCUCGUCUUCUCCAUGGAUGCGCGUGAAUGAUAAUUACAAGGACAUCAACGCCGCGUCUCAGGUGAAGGACCCUCAGUCGGUGUAUCAUACUUAUCGACGGGUGCUGGAGAAGCGCAAGGAGCACGUGGAUAUUUUUGUCUAUGGAGACUUUGAGCUUGUUGACGAGCAAAACGACAAGAUAUUUGCGUACAAGAGGGUUGCUGGCAAUGGGGACGCUGCACUUGUUGUGUGCAACUUCUCCACGGACAAAGUAGUGUGGUCGAGUGGUUUUGAAGCUCGCGAGGUGCUAGUGAGCCCAACUGGAAAACAGAUUGGUGACGUGCGUGCUGGAGAGAUUCAGAUGGGUCCUUGUGAGGCCAUUGCUUUACUUCUUUGA